UUGCUGGUUAGUGUCUUUCCCGUUUCACUCUCCCUCCCUUUAUAAAUUUAAGAUCAUUAACAUUAUAAAGUUACGUACAUACAUACAUUAGUGUACAGUUGCCUCAGAAAGUUCUAGUACACCCUGUGUUAACUCCUGUCAUGAUGUGGCACCAUCGCAGUAAUUGCAAAACUAUCUAUGAAUGAACAGCUGUUCCUCAAGAGAGAGAGAGAGAGAGAGAGAGAGAGAGGGAGGGAUGAAGAGAGGUAAGGAGAGGAAAGAGGUAGGGAGAGGGAUGGGAGGGAGAGAGAAAGACUGACUGAGUGUGGGGUGGUUAUGUAUUUUGAUCAUAGAAACAACGUCAUGUCUGCUGUGUCUACCAAGUUAUUGCCAGGGCCUGUAACCUACAACUUAGUCAAUUAUAGUCUGGACACCACAAGAGCCACCAUGAAUCGACAGGAGGAGAAAAUCUUUCAAUGUGGUGAGAUAAUCGGCAUAAGAGCAGGCAUGUCAAUUGCUGUCAUUUCGACUGAGCUGGCCAUCACCAAGUCAACUGUGAGGCGUUGGUGCCAGAGAUGGGAAGAGACGGGGAAUGUAAUAGAUGAAGCAAGAUGUAGAAGACCCAGGAAGACCAGCCUUGCUGACAACAGAGCGAUCCUUGAAUCAGCAAUACAGUCUCCAUUAAAAACUGCAGUUGCUAUACGCAAUGAGCUACAGCUGCAACUGUCACCAGGAACAGUUCGGAAUAGACUCCACGAGGCCGGUAUUCAUCACAGGACGCCAGCAGUGAAGGGCAAGCUUACAGAUGAGCAUCGAGCAGCAAGACUAGAGUUUGCUCAACAGCACAUCGAUAAUGGGCUCGAUUACUGGGGACGAGUAAUCUUUAGCGAUGAGAAGACCUUCACUUCAAACACCCAUGGCCGUCUCCACUGCUGGCGCCGAUACAACACCCGAUACGACUGCCAGAACAUCUACGAGGAGGGUAGAAGUGGCCGCAUCACCUGUAAUGUAUGGGGAUCGGUCCACCUGCAUGGAGUAAGGGGAGCUGACAGAGAUACGAGGACGGUUCACAGCAGAACAAUAUAUCGAGAUCAUGGAGGAACUCCGAGGAAGUGAUGGUUCCAUCAGUAAACACCAUUGCCCUGCCCUAUCCUGAGCGGAUAAUAUUCAUGCAGGAUAACUGUCCCAUCCACACUGCAAGAAUCGUCCGCACAUGGUUUGAGGAGCAGGCUGACAUCGAACUCUUGCACUAGCCAAGCAAAUUGUGUGAUCUAAAUCCCAUAGAGAACGUGUGGGGCAACAUAACACGUGGGAGGACGGCCAGGAGCGCACUCGAGAGCGCCUUCUCCAGCACACCAUGGCGGAAUGGGAAAUGUUCCGGUGCAACCA